GGCGGCUGGCUCCGGCGGCGCCGCGAGUCCCGGUUCGGAGCGGCGGCCGCGGCGCGCUGCCGAGCUGGCAGUGGCAGCGGGCAGAGCACUGGCAGCGCCAUCACGAGCGGCCGCCGGAAUUAGGAGGGCGGCGGGCGGCUCUCCGCAUUCUCCCGGUCCGCUCGGCUCCCGGACGCGGGGCGUUGGCAGCGUUCGGCAAAGGACCGCGGCUGCGUUCGGGCCGCAGAGCUGCGGCCGAAAGCAAACGGGCAGCAACAACAAAGCAAUGGGUCUGUGCUGAGUUAGAGGGCCCGGGGCAACUGGCACUCCCGAGCGCACCCGAAAGGUAUUUCUGCAGGUCGGUAUAGCUGUGCUUGCCCACCACGAAGAUGGACAGCGAAGUGCAAAGGGACGGCAGAAUCCUGGACUUGAUCGAUGAUGCAUGGAGGGAGGAUAAACUGCCGUACGAGGAUGUGGCCAUCCCGUUGAAUGAGCUUCCUGAACCAGAACAAGACAAUGGUGGCACAACCGAGUCUGUGAAGGAGCAAGAAAUGAAGUGGACAGAUCUGGCUCUCCAGUAUCUGCAUGAAAAUGUUCCCCCCACAGGAAACUAGCCAAUCAGUGAGAUUUCAUGCAGUGAGUGCAUGAAGGCAAUACAAAAGUUGUUUUUUAGCUAACCAUUACUGUCAUAAGUUUCUCUAAGGAGGAAACAAAGCUUCUGAAAAAGCCUUGUAUUCAAUUGACUGUUCAACUCAGAGUGAUGGAACACAAAGUUCACCUAUAAUCAGUGUGAAAUAACUGUGGCUAUCUGAAACCUCAGACUGGUAUCAGAAUGUUUCUCUUUACUUAUACAAAAUUAUUUCAUAUCUUCUGUUAACAUGCUUUUAUGUUGGUGCCAAUUAUCUUAAUUGUUUUCUACAUGUGAUCAAAGAAGUAAUUUUUACUGUC